UUUUUCAGUUUUUUUUAAACAACAAAUUGGAAGUUUUUGCUUACUGAACGUAGGUAUUCCGUUCGAGGAUCUUAUUAGUGACAACAGUUUGCGGUUAACACUGAAUUUUAAAAGCAUACAAAAUGAUGUCCAGAUCGAUCCGAGCUGAAACACGUAGUCGAGCAAAAGAUGACAUUAAGCGUGUUAUGCAAGCUAUUGAUAAAGUCAGAAAAUGGGAGAAGAAAUGGGUUACUAUAGGUGAUACAACUAUGAAAAUAUAUAAAUGGGUCCCAGUCCCCAGUAUAGAUGCUCAAACCCGUGCGAAGGGCAAGGCUUCGGGAGGCAGAAAUAAAGAAAAUAUUGAAAAAUGUUUACAGAAUGAAGGUAAACCAUCAAACGGAAAAGCCUCUCCUAUUGGGAGUGAAAGUAAGCAUAUGUGUACCAGGGAAUCAAGCUCUAUAUCGAGUGUCAUGGAGGAAUCUAGUCUUGGUUUUGCUGAUAUAAGUCAAGAUUCUAGAGCAGCAAGUGAUGAUGCAACAAAUCUCAGCAUGGAAAACAGCAGUGAUGCUCAAUUCCCUGACAGUCAACCUGACGGAUCUUUGCAUGUUAAGCAAGAAGACAUGAGUGAAGACAGCUGUGAGCCUCCUUUGAAAAAAUCAAGAUUGGGAAAUGAAUUGAAGGAUUAAGAAGGUAAACUCGGAUUGAUCCAUUUCAAAUGAAGUUGUUUCUUUUGAAAUAUUAGCAUAAAUUCAGGAAAUGUAAAUGAAAAAUCUCUCACACUUAGUAUUUCAUAGAACAUCUUUUUAAUAAUGAGUUUUGAAAAUUUUUAUUUAUAAUUUGCCAAAAUAAACCAGUUUAUUUAUCUUAACU